CAAAGAGGAGUCUUCGCGGCUUCCCGACGCGCUAUCACGGUAAGCACGACACACAAGGACAGCCGCCGGCCUGAUCUGCUUUGACCUUGUGUCCUGUGCUGCUGCCGUUAGGUACCUUGGUGAGCAUCAUCCGGUGCUGUGGGUGCGGGCUCCCUCCCUCCCCCUUCCCCUCCCCCCCUGUCAACGGCGAGCGUGUGAUGGCGGUAUCGCUGGCGAAGGCGCUUCGCGUGCUGUGUUGCUGCGAGGACGCCCUGCCUCACGCCGAGGUGGUGGUGCAGGGCGGCCACCUGCCCCAGGCGGCCAUCACUGGCGAGGCACUGCACGAGCAACUGGGCCCGGGCGAGGUGGCCCGGCCUGGCUCAAGGGGUUUCUUCAAGGAGGAGGAUGCCGGCAUCGUGCGGCCGCCUUCGUCGUACGUGCCGCCACACCACCAUGACCACCCGCAGUACCCCUACUACAACAACACAUCCAGCACCACGGCAUCGCCACACCACUCGUCGCCCUCUUUGUAUGCGUCGGGCUCGUCCUUCCCGACCAACACCCCCCUGCUGACCCAUACCCAGCCGCUCCCACCCCAGCACCAGAACCCGAACCACCUCCAGCACAACAGCAACAGCAGCAUGCCGUCCUCCCCCCACCACCCCAUCCCCGCAUUCGCCAACGACAGCAGUGCGGCCGCACUCAGCCCCACCACGGCAUCCUCACGCAGCCCCGAGCCGCAUCACGGGAUGGGCGCCGGUGUGGGCACCGUCAGCAACAACGCCUCCCCGUCGAUGACGCCCGAGGAGCGGAUAGCUGAGCGAGACCGGCUGCAGCGGCUGGUCAAGGAGUUCGCCAAGAAGGCCAUCAAGGGCGUCCAUUGCACACUGGUCGACCCCUACACGGGCGACAUGGUGCCGCACGAGCUCAAGCUGGACCGCUCCAUCACCAUGCUCUCACUGGAGGCCCUCAACAGCGUCCCCAACACCACCGACGGCGGCCCCGCCAUCCGCCGGUCCGGCGUGCGCAGGGACCGACGGCUGCUCGAGAUCGACACCAUCUACCGCGGCACAGAGGUCGCCCGCAAGGUGAGCGAGCCGCUCCGGGCGACAGCCACCUUCUGCGUCGGGCUCGACAUGAAGGGCGGCGCCGAUGGGGUGGUGGGCGACAAUGGCGGUGGCGAUGGUGUGGACCGUGUGAUCUUCCACCUGGGCGACGGGAGGGCCCGCGAGGAGUUCUACACCACCAUGAAGAUCCUCCGCAUGUUCGCCGAGCUCAACGCCAAGCGGCAGGCGGAGAAGGGCCAGCAGCAGCAGCAGCAGGACAAACAGGGGGAGGCCUCCGGCAGCAGCAGCAGCGCUGCCAGCAUCGCCGCUGUCAGAGGCAACACACGGUAGACCCGCCAGCCGGCCAGCCGGCCAACACACAAAGGUGGCUCGGUGUGGUGUGUGGCCGGGGUAGUGGACGGGAGGAGAGGCAGGGCGGGUGGGUGGAGUGAUUGACUCACUGGUUUUCCGUACGUAUCCAUUGUGGCCAUCGUGGGUGGUGUGGGUGGUGUGGGUAAAUAAAUGGUUGUGUGCAGCGCAGCAGGUGG